CCAAAACCACCAUCAUGCAGACCAGCAGCAGCCAGUGCUUUCACAUAUCCAAUAAAAAGUCUCAUAUUAAAAGAGCGCCGUACUUUGAUGAAGGAAAUGAUGAUAACACAGAAGAGGAGGAGGAUCCAAGAGAAUAUUGUGAUGGAGGCUACCACCCUGUACGAGUGGGCGAUAUUUUUAACAAGAGGUAUAAGGUUCUGUCCAAGCUGGGUUGGGGCUACUUCGCUACUCUGUGGCUUUGUGUGGAUCUCAGGUCUGGAAGGCAUGUAGCAGUGAAGGUCCUGAAGAGUGGAUCUGGCUUCACGCAGGCUGGCCAAGAUGAGCUGUCACUACUGCGCUGUGCCAGCAGUCCCUCAGUCUGCCACCCACUGAGAGGACGCAUCGUACAGUUGCUGGAUGAGUUCAAAAUAGCUGGUGUUAAUGGCAUCCAUGUGUGUCUGGUACUGGAGUUACUGGGUCCAGAUCUGCGCUGCUGGCAGGUGUGUUUUGGGAAACCUGGCCUCUCGCUCAUGUGUGUCAAAAGAAUAAUCACUCAGGUUCUUGAGGGUCUUGAUUAUCUGCACACACACUGUAAGAUCAUCCACGCAGACAUCAAGCCUGAGAACAUUCUGCUCUGUCUGGGGCAGCAGCCUCUGGCACACACAACACACAUAAAUCCUGAAAACAUUUCAGUGAAAAUCACAGACCUGGGCAGCUCCUGCUGGGUGUACAAGCACUUCUGCGACAAGAUCCAGACCCAGCAGUAUCGUGCUCUAGAAGUUCUGCUGGGUUCUGAUUACGGGCCUCCUGCUGAUAUCUGGAGUGUAGCCUGCAUGGCUUUUGAGCUUGCCACUGGUGACUUUUUAUUUGAGCCCAAAACUGGGAAGAAUUUCUCUUUGGAAGAAGACCAUCUAGCACAUAUCAUUGAGCUCCUGGGAAAGAUCCCCACGUCAUUGUCUAUGUCUGGGAAAUAUUCAUCAAAGUACUUCAACAGCAGUGGAGACCUGCAGAGAAUCCCUACCCUUCGUCCCUGGGGGCUGUAUGAAGUCCUGAUAGAGAAAUAUCGCUUCCUUCUUCAAGAUGCAACUCUCUUCUCUGACCUUCUGCUCCGAAUGCUGGACUUCCUGCCAGAGCGGAGAGGGACAGCAGCUCAGUGUCUCAAACACCCAUGGCUGAAAUUGUGACCUUACAUUCCCUUCUGACCUUGAAAACACUUAAAAUCUGAAAGGUCAAAUAUCUUAAUGUUUGACUGGAUCUGUUUUUGGCACUAUAAGGUUCUGUGCUUAAAAUUCCUUCACUUAAAAAUCUUCAUUGUAUUAGGACUAUUUACACAAUGAAGUAUUCCAGCUCAGGGAACAAGGACGAUGAAAACAAAGGUCAGAAUAUCAACCAGAAUAGAAGGCUUAUAGAAAUUACAGCUCUUUUCUUACACAGUCAAGGAUAAAUGACCAUAAAUAAUAUUGUGUUUAAUAAUAUGCUGAAAACCUCUCUCAAUUAAUGAGUGUCUAAACGUGAAGUGAUGUAGUAUGUGGCAUAAUUUUUGCA